AGUACUGUAGUAUUUGAAGGCAUAGUUGGUUGGUGUGUAUGGCCUACUACGUAGUAGACAGGUCUAGUACAAGGUCUCCAGGCAACAGCAGUAUAAAAUCCUAGCAAGUUAUGGCCCAUGCCUAUAGACCAUCUGAGUAAGACAGCAGUAACAUGGACUCUUUACUACACUCAGAGUAUUUAACAUCCUGUUUUACUACAACACAAGAGGAUGAAUGCCUAGCGACAGCACCCAUCAUGUCCAGCCCACAAACAAUUCAGAAACCAACGUCCACACAAAGCUCGCCGCAGCAGAACUCUACGUGUCAAGUCUGUGGUGACAAAUCCUCGGGGUUUCAUUAUGGCGUAUUAGCGUGUGAAGGCUGCAAGGGAUUUUUUAGAAGGAGUAGUAAACGAGAUAAGGAAUAUACUUGUCGCCAUGGCGAUGGAACCUGUAUAAUUGGUCGUAUGAAUAGAAACAGAUGCCAACAUUGUCGAUAUAAAAAAUGUUUGUCCGUGGGGAUGUCAAGAGAGGCUGUACGAUAUGGUCGAGUACCGACUAGAAGUAAAGUUAAAUCCCCCGGUGGUACUACGCGGAAAAAGAGCACUGACUCGGAAUACAGUUUAAGCGAGAAUGAUGACAUUCCACCAGUUGCCAUGCCGAUGAACGGCCAUGAGACCCAUUACGAGGUACCUCCACCAGUAAGGGACGAGUCACUACAGACAAAACAAGCUGAAAUGUAUGAACUUGUCAGCAUGAUUGCCUACGCUUUCCGUAUUACAUGUAUGUAUUCAUCAAACGAUAUGCCAUACCUCAGGGACUUCAAUUAUACUCAGGACAAUCCCCAGCUAAUGGUAGGCGAGGUUGACCUUGCUAAUCGCCGACGCUGGAUGCAGUUUACGGAACUGAUUGACCCCGCCGUAAGUGGCCAAGUAGAAUUUGCAAAGGCAGUCCCCGGGUUCCGUAAUUUGACGCAAGAAGAUCAGCUGCUCCUGCUAAAAGGUAGUUUCUUCCAAGUGUGGCUGCUUCGAAUUUCACCGUUAUUGCACCAAGUCGAGAAUCGUAUGCACACGGGGCAGACAUUGUCAGUUAUCUGGGAACAGCUGAUGAUUCUUCUUCCACGAGAACUGUUUCACGCAAUGUAUGUAUUCGCAGACGAGAUCAACCAUUUUGGCCUAUUAGAAACCGAAUUAGCUUUAUUCUGUUCUGCGUUAUUAGCACAACGAGAUGCACAUGGACUAAGUAACGUAACCGCAGUGGCGGAGUUGCAGAAUAAUUUGGUGGAAGCGCUACGUAUUCAAGUAGAAGGAAACCAUCCGCACAAUGCUGUUACACUCAUGGGCAACCUUUACAAUAAAAUGCAGGAGCUACAACAUAUUCAUAAAAUGCACCGCGAUUUUGCACUAGACUGCAGCCAGCGGUGGCCCGACAUUUGCCAUGGCAUACCGGCGCUUUACGCCGAGAUGAUGGACGUGAAUGUGCAAACAUGAAGCGAGUCAUUUUCACUGAGCAGCGACAUUUGUUGAUGCAAGUAUUUGGUGGCCAUUAUUGCUCAUCUGCGUGAUGCUCGCAACUUUUACGGCAGGGAUUUUCUUGUAACAUUUCUUUUUGCUUUAGUAUUUAGAGAUUGCAUGAACAUUGUUAAAAGGAAUUGUGAAAAAAAAGAUGUUUCUAACAGAAUAAAAUUACAUUUGCUCUUAUCUACUAGAAGUUCAAUUUUCAGAGGAGUUGGUAAAAUGUUGAUAAUGAUAUCUUAAAAGAUAUUGGAUUGACCUAGGGGUUUUUGUUAGCAGUAGUGUUGCGUACCACUACGUAACCCUAUUUUUACCACCAUUUUAUCAAAUUUGGAAAUGUAAAUGCAACUUGGACAGCAUCGUAUGAUCACCAUGUUUAACUCGCGCAGACAUUAGGACCGUGUUAAAGGUAUGUCUGGAAUAGUUGUGUUUGUAGAAUAUUAAACAUGGUUAGUAUUCUCGCGAUGACCUUAGACCGUCUCCAAAGAUAAAUUGCACAAGGCUGUAUUGUAUGAUGCUUUCUAAGUGCGCCUUUUGAUGAUAGUAGAAUUCUGCAAAUCUGUGUAAGAAAUGAGGAAAAAGUUAGGUCUACAAGUCUACAAGACAAGUGUACAAUUUUACGUCGUCAUAGUAGAUUUUGGUGCUAUUAGAUUUACACUCUGUUGACACUGAGAAUGUGGUGUAACCAAAAUUGAUAUCUUCCAGUCGAAAAGAGCAAAUCAUUUUAGAUUAUAAUAUGUAAAUUGUAGAUUAUUGUUGUAGGUUUGGCUCUAAUUCAUUUUUGUUUCACAAUCAGUUAUUUUUUUAUACUGUAGAAUGUUUACCCAUUAUUGGCCAUUCAUGUUGAUUAUUAUUAAUGCCAAACUUCAGAAACCAGUACUUUUUUCAAUAGGUAGUUUAGCGAUAUAUAUAUAUAUAUAUAAAUAUAUAUAUAUAUAAAUAUAGGUAUAUAUUAAUCUGUUAUGUUGCGCAUACAGUAGGGUAGUUUAGUGAACAGAGUUGGAAAAGGAUAAAAUCCUUAACAUAUGUUUAUUCUUUGUCCUGUAUUUCUGAGUUGGAAUGCCAUAAAAAAAAUCAAUUUGGUUUUCACCCACCGAAUUUCCAAUUUUUUUUUAUAUAAUCAAGAUUAUGAGUGAGAGUGUUGUAGUUAAUCUGUUGAACACUGCCCUCUAUCAUGCAGCAGUAUUCUGUUAGACUUGCUUUUGUCUGCUCAUUUGAGUAUAUAAAUGCUAAACCAGUUGGCCUGAAAUAUUACAGUAAUUUAAAUCGCUUCUCUUCCAGUUACAUUUAAAUCUUUAUGAUAAAGCAAAAACAUGUAUCUAAAUUACGGGUAAACCUAGCAUUUGUUUUGUUUUAUUUUUGUAUGUAAAUGCAAAUCUAUAACUUACUUUGAUGAUAAUUUGAUUGUGUGAAUAGUGGAGAAUAGCCAGAAAACUUUACAAAAUUCAGAUACAUUUUGGUGCAUUUUUUUAUACUAUAAACUUGAGGUAAGUUUUUGGUAUACUUGGCUGCUCUAUUCCCCACCUGAUUGUUGGUUUUGGAAUGGUGUAAUUUUUCCUCCUAUAAAUUGUAAUUAGUGUACAAAAACAUGUUAACAAAAUUGUAUUUAUAAUUACUGUACCACAUAUCAGAAUAACAAAUUCUACAAACUGCCAAACAAUCAUUUUUAUAUGCUGUCUCUGUAUUCAUGAUGAAUAAUAUAAGAAUAUAUACAAGGUAAUAGUGUGUUGUAGGUUAUAUGAUCGCCCAAGGGAUUUUCUGUAAAAAGAAUCUUUGUGGUUUGUCUAAAAAUAUAAAUCUGUUUUUGAGAAAUAUUUGCAAUUAGUCCAAGUCUUGUCUGAAAAUAUAUAUGAUGAUUACAAACCAAUGGUAAACCAUAAUGCUAGCAAUGAUCACAUGUCUGCGAACUUGUCUGCAUAUUAACAGGGAAAAAAUCUGAAUUUUGAAUGUGCCAAAUUUAUUAUAAUAUCAUCAUUUCUUCUUCCACAAAUUUUAUGCUGUUUUUGCUGUUAAAAUAAUUGGGUUGUGGUGGACAAUCCAAUACUCAGGUUAUAUAUUACAUAAUAAAAAAUAAUAAUUUAAAGUUAAAUGUCUGCAGGGAUGAAAGUUGUAUUUUUCAAGAUUUUCUAUAAGUUCAGUUAAGAAUAUUAGUCUGCAAUGUGUCACUAAUUUGUAAAUAUAAACUAAAUAUUUUUCAUAUGAUUUUGACUACAAAUACUUUUUUUUGCUUUUAUGAUAUAUUUUUCCCAAUUCAUUCAUUAAAAUAUGUUUGUGAGUUCAAUGAAAUUUGUAUACCUUAAGUAGGACAUCAAUUCAGUGUAUCUCCCCUUUAGAGAUAUAGUAACUAAUGAAUUUUAGUGCACUUCCUUUUUGCUGCGAAUUUAGAAAGAAAAGUGCCAUAGAAUCUAGGCCACGAUUUUGGUUUCUAGAAAGCCUAGACUUACGGAUUAAAGGUUGUUACCAGGUGGGUAGCUCGCAGUAAUGAGCUAACUCCCCUAGGGCCUAGGUAAAGGAAGCUUUUGUCAGGGGGGUAGAAUUGACUGCCGAGUCACAUAGACUGACUCAGCAACAACAUGUUCAUGUGUUGUCACGCAAAGUGAGAAGGGCGAUCCGCAACAGGCUUGUAGUCAAGGUGUUUAUAAGAUGUACCUACAAUCACUUCCCAUGAUGUAGCAUUACCAAAAUGGUGUGAAUUAUUUCACAUUUUUAACUGCAUGAUCUUUAAAUCCCAAUUCAGGGAAUAUAGACAUAAAAGUACAUAUGUUUACUUCCCAUCUGCUGCGCAUCCCACAUCCCAAAAAACUUUAAAUAAAUAUCACAUGUAUCAUGUCUCAAAAAUUUGAAUUUGAGAUGAUUUUAUGUUGUGUAAUUGAUUGUUAUCCUUGUUUGUAAUAUACAUUGAGCACCAAGGUUUUUAGACUUUUUACCUAUUGCCGAUGUUGGCUGUAUAUGCUGCCAACUGUUAUUGCUGCUGUUGCCAAAACAAUUUUCUGAAAUAUGGAUAAUUUUUAAAGAUUUGGGUAUUACUUAUACGUUAUCCAGGAAAAAUAUUUUGUAUUACAAAACAGUUUGAUACAAAAAUGCUGCUUGCAUUUCAAUUGAAAUAAAAUAUGAAAUUGUGUUCAUCUCCAGAUUAUUUAAAUAUGCUGCAUAAUAUAUGGCAUAAUCCAAUUUGAUUUAGUUAAAAGCCUGUGUAUACAUACAAGUAUUGGUAUGUAUGUGUAAAUUUUCAGAUAUUAUGAAAUCAAAAACAUAUAUUAAAACAUGCAUUAUCCUAUAACCAAUGAAAAAUCAAAUUAAACAUCCUUGUAUAAAAUUAAAGUAUAUUUAAGUUAACAGUUUUUCUCAUAUUAUGCUAGUAUUUUCUGAUUGGUCAGUUAGUAAGUCACAUGUGUUGAUGAAAUGUCAAUCAUUGGCUAUACAUAAUUUUGGUGCUAUGAUUCAUGCAAGAUUGUGUUCUUAUUGGUGGAAACUUUAUUUGUUUCAAAUGGUAUCUUUUGCAUCUGUCCAAUUUAGUUAGAUAUGAAAGUGUUUAUAAUUGAAUUUGCUGUUAUUUCUACUAAAUCUAGUAGAAUAUUGAACUGCAUGAAAUAGAUUCUAUCAAUUUUGGUAAUAUUUUGUCUUGUUGACUACUACCUCAAGAUUGCUUUGUAGUAUCAAGACAUGGCACAGGACAAGUAAACUAAAAGGGAGGGAGAAAUAUGAAGUGGAUAGGGAUUGAAGUUUUGGAUGUGUUAUUGUAGGCUAUUAUAUGAUUGUAUAGAUAUAAUACUUUCAAAUGUUAUGUUGUUAAAAUGUAUAUACAAUUGUUUCAUUUUCUUUUUAUCUCUUUUCUUAUAUCAAGUACUAGUGCCUAUUAUUAGGUGUUGCACAAAUUGUAGUUUUUGAUUUUUUUUUUAAUAGAGAGGUUGAUUAUUACAUUUUAUUGCAUUUUAUUAUUUUUGUAAUUGUUUGAACAAGGUUAGUAUGAAGCCUGUAGAUGUAGCCAAUGCCAAAACAACUCAAACUUCUUUCCAGCACCGUUUGUAACAGUACUAGAUUCUGAGCUACUAUACUAGUAAGGUUAUUCAAAGCAUGCGUAAAAAGUGAAGUGAAAAAUAAAAUCAAGUUAAAGAAUUUGGUAUUACAGGCUAUAAGCCUUGGUAAUAAAUAUAGUGUUAUAUUAAAGUCUGGAAUUUAAAGAGAUAAUUCAGAUUCAGAUUAAAUUGGCACUACUAACUGAGAAAUGUU